AUGUUCCUCGAGAUGACUACAGGAAAAAAGAGGCUCUUUUCCAUGUCGGAUACAGACAAAGGCGAAAUGGUCUCUUCAGCCCACCCUGAGAUUAUUGAUGAAGUCCCCAUGAGUGCUUUAUUGGAGAAGAGCAUUGACGAACAGUCAGCUAGUCAAGGCAAUUCUGAAGAUGAUCUUUCUGAAGUAGAAUCAGAAAUAUCUGAUAUAGAAACGUUCAAAGAUCUGCCUGCCGACUCAGAAUCAAGCAAGUCACUUCUGAGCCGCCCUUUUGGACUGAGUAGACCAUGGGGGUUUUCGAAUUACGAUGACCAUGAUGUCAUUACGGUCCAUGGGCUUCGUGAUGACCAUAACACGGCAUGGAUAGCGCAAAAUGGAACACCUUGGCUGAGGGAUCAGCUCUUUGAUGAACUUUCCAUUCGACAACUAGACUAUCUCUACGCUACUGAUGAGACGUCCGAGAUCUUUGGACCAGAAGGAAUAAAUCUGGAAGCCAAGAAUCUUCUCCGCUUGUAUUGCCAGCGCAGGCAGAGUCUACCGGAUAUAGAGGUUAACCGGCCGAUUAUCUGGAUUUGUCAUGACAUCGGCGGUACAAUUGUCAAACAGGUUCUCAUGGAAGCAGCUAAAGCUGUAAUGCCAGAUGACUAUGAAGACGUUGUAGCUUGGGAAUUAGCCAAAAAGACCCAUCACCAAAUAGCCAUGCUUUCUAGCACUAUUAUAUUUCUUGGUUGCCCGCACAAAUCCGAGUCUCUCGACGUACUCAAAGACGAAGUGCUCAAUCUCAUGAGCUUACCUGGCCCGGAAGUCACGAACGGUAGACUUGCCAAAGUCAAUAACAUUGCUAAGCAGGUUGACAAAAUCAAUGUCAAUUUUCUCAACUCUAGAUUCUUCCACCGUCUAACAUGUAUCAACGCCAUGCAUCUAGUGGAUAUCCCAGAAGAGGGAAGCGAAGACGGACCAAGAGACGAGCUGAUAGUGGUACCUGCCUCGCCAUUCAGCCGAUACACAAUGACAGCAUUUAGCAUAAUGGAGACGCAGAAUCACUUCCGCUUAAAAGACAUCGACCAUUCCAGCUUGGAUCACCUUUACCCCACUGGGCAAGACCCAUCACGAACAUCAAUGUUAUCACAGUAUCUUUACGUUAGAAACGAAUACGACAAUGCUCCAAUAUGGGGCAAUGGACCAAAGGGGCAAUCUUUCUAUUUCGAAUUCAUCAAAUCUGAUCACAGAUACAAUAACAUUAGGUCCAUGCUUCUCACUUUCAUUGCCCAUGCGUCUUGGCAUUAUUCAGUAGGGUUGAAUCUUUACCAUACCAACAAAAUAAUGACACAGAUGGAAAACUACCAUUCUUGGUCACUACCGCAGCUUUUCCAAGCCUAUUCCAAUUUUCGUUCGUGGACAAACGCCGCAAGUCUUGUCAUAUUCUUGGCGUGCUUCGAUAAUUGUAUCGACGAUGAUCGACACUGGUUCUUAGCCGCACUCAAAGAGGAUCAAGCCCGUGGCGACAUCAACUACCGUGUAAUCAUCACGACAACCGGCCCGGACGAGAUAUGCAAGAACUUCAUCGACGAUUCAAAUGUAAUUUCACUCGAAGACUGUCCAGUGCCGAUACUUGGAUACAAUGUUGAUGAGAAAGGCAUUGGUGCACAUGGCCUCAAAGUGGCUCUGGAACACACAAUUAAAAGGCGCCCAGUUUUGAGGGCACUUGAAGAGACGCUUUCAAGAAUAUUAGAUGAGUGCCAGGGUGCACCUCAUCUGGGAUAUGUGAUACUACAAUGGCUGAGUAAUUUCGGCCGUGGAGUUUCUGUGGCCAUGAUCACUGCCACAGUAGAAAGACUGAGACCAGUGACGGAAGGGAACUUGGUCGGUAUUUUCCUCAUGCUACCAAGUCAAGAAAGACGCGCAUGGGCACUUCGGGUAUACUACUGGGUGAAAUACGCCAAAGAGCCAUUGACUGUCAAGGCCUUGGGACAGUCUCUAGCAUUAUCCAAGGACCCAGAAGACAUCAGCACGGCGUUAAUGGAAUGUGACGACGAGCACAUCACCCACCAACUUCAAGCUUGUUUUUCGGGCAUUAUCGUUGUUGAUCGCGGCGAAGUCAAGUUCUCUCAUGAUUCAUUUUAUCACGCAAUCGUGCCCACUUUCGAUGGCAGGGAAUUUGAACAGCCAUCAUAUGUUCAUGGAUUGAUUGCCAAGUCAUGUUUAGAAUACAUGAUGCAAGAUUGUAUGCAACAGCAAUACAGCAGACUCUCUGCCGACAAUUACGGGGGUGAUGACCUCAAGUCCCCACUGGAUAUCUCAGAAAGAGACCUACUUGAGUACGCCGUUCAGUUUUGGGUUCAUCAUUAUCAACUUGCAGAAGGCCAUAAGCCUUUCGACCUGGCCUUGACAUUCUUUCGCACCAAGAGAUUCCGGGACAGAUGGGCUGAGGCUGCUUAUCUACUUUCAAAUCCAUUCACACGAAUACAACGGAGUUAUCGAUCCCCUCUUCCCCUUAUGGCCAGCGUUGGGUUGGACGACGUUGUCUCCUCGCAGAUUCAAUUGGAUAAGAGUACACACUUUUUCCAACAAGAUGUAUGGCUUGCAAUUACCGAGGCAGCAAGAAAUAAUCAUCAAAGUAUUGUCAUCGGUCUUUUGACCCUCGCUGAUGCCGAUGAAGCUAGUUUGAAGGACGCUGUAGCUUGGGCUGCCACCACGCAGAACGAAGACAUUAUGACUGAACUACUUCACCAAGUGGAUUCUUUGGAGAGAUUUGAAUGGACUCAAUCACUCCUAUCUUGCGCGGCCGUCACUGGGUCCAAGGGUCUGGCCAUGGCCAUAGCCAAAGCUGGGUUUGACCUGAACAGUGUGGAUGAUGAGACCGGCCAGACAGCCCUUCAUGCAGCAAUUCUAUGGGGCAAAAGAGCGGUAGUAGGACAGCUCCUGAGCUCGAAUAUUGAUCUUUCGAUUCUCGAUCACAGAGACAUGACACCGAUGGAGCUCGCUGUAGAGAUGGCUGAUCCGGAGAUUGUGCAGAUGCUUCUUGAUAGAGGCGCCAGAGUGGAUCAAGUAACAAAAUAUGAAGAACUUCUCACAACGUGGGCUGCUGAAUUGGGCCACCACGUGGUUCUUGAGAGACUCAUCUUGACUGGAUUAUAUCUCGAAAUGGAGGAUACCGAUGACUGGAAAGCUGAGGCUAUUAUACGAGCUGCACAGAAUCUACGGAAGCAAUGCGUUCUGGUGCUUCUAAAGCAAGGUGCAACCCCUCUCGCUCAGUCGAUCGAUGGAAGCCUUCUUUACCAGUGUUGCACUAACCGUGACACCCUCGACAUCUGUCGCAUCCUUUUGGAGCGAGGAGCAGAUGCAAAUGAGUCCUACUCAGAUAAGGAAAUGAUUCUCAUCGCAAGCCUCAGAUCUGACAACAUAGAAAUAGUUCCCUUGCUAAUCGACCACGGUGCAAGGAUCGAUGCUCUGGAUCCAUGGGAAGAUGGGGACAGUAGAACCCCAUUAUCAUUCGCUGCUGCCAAUUGCUCAAUCGAAAUGAUAGAGUUUCUGUUAGACAAGGGUGCGGACGUGAACUACGGACCUGAAGGCGCCUGUCCGGCUCUAUUCAACGCUGCAUUAAGACAAUUCAACCCAAAGAAACUUGAGAUACUCUUGGGAAGGGGUGCCAAAGUUGACUGGAGAAGAUAUGAUGGCUGGCAGGCUCUUCACGCUGCUUACGACGCACCGAAAUCUGUCCAAGUUCUGCUAAAGCACGGAGCUGAUGUCAACGCAAUGUGUGACAAGGGAACUUUGACUAUGAUGGCGGCACAAUGGGGACACAAGAAAACUCUAGAAGUUUUGGUCAUGAACCAACAGUCACGGCCAGACCUUGAUGCGAAAUUCACCUACUAUCCAGAUCACAGGGAUUAUGGAACUACUGCCGUCCGACUUGCAGUCGGUGGUGGCCACUAUCACUGCGCUAGCUUUUUGCUGGAAUCUGGCGCUUCUCUCGACGAGGAGAUAAAGGAUGUAAAAUUUCUCAUGGUACAUGCAUCCGUAUCCAGGGGCAUGCCACGAGAGCAACGCCAACAAUUUGUCAAGUUGAUAGAAAAAUGUUUCGAACUUGGAAUAAAGGCCAGUACCCUAGAUGAAGAAUACAAUACGGCACUUCAUCGCAUCAGCCGUGACACACCAGCAUCAUUCGUCUCAAUAGUUCUUGGCAGGGGAGCUCCGCUAGACAACACAAACACAGAUGGUUGGACUCCACUUGCAGUCGCUCUUAGGAAACGAAAUCUCCCAGUAGCCAAGCUGCUGCUAUCCAGAGGUGCCCGAGCAGAUAUACACAGUUCUAGUUUUGGCAGUCUGCUCCAUGUGGCCUGUAAUUGGGAAUCUUAUGGGAGCUGGCCAACGCCUGCCCAAACACUACCAGUACUUAGGCUUCUCAUUCAACGAAAAGCGAAUCCUGAAGUCUCUGGACCUGCACCCGAAAGCGAGUCACUUCUUUACACAACAUUGAGGUGGAUAACUGUCGAAAGCGUUUGCGAGAUGGCAAGUCGCUACCUGAUUGAAGAGGCCCAAGCAGAUGUCAAUUUUGGAGGCCCGAAUAACAAGUAUCCCCUAAUUGCUGCUGUCUGCAUGAUACGUCCAAGAUUGGUUCAAUAUCUGAUCCGACGUGGAGCUGAUGUGGAAGUUGUGGGUGACCAAGGUCUCAAGCCAUGCCAUCAUUCUGCUAUGCGCCUUGGGAGAAAUAGUAGCAUGCUAAGACUUUUAACCAAAUCUGGCGUCGACUUGGAGGCCAGGGAUCUAUUUGAUCGAACUCCAUUGCAUUUUGCAUCAAGCAGUGGUGAUUGGUCCAGUACACGGCGACUUAUAAGACAGUUACCACUGGACUUUGAUGUUGACAUCAAAGACUCAGAUGGGUGGACGCCCCUCAUGUGGGCGUGUCGAUCUGGACACUCUGAGGAUAUCAUUCGAAGACUCAUUCAAGAUUAUGGGGCAGAUAUUUGGACGGUCAGCAACGAUGGUCAAUGGUCACCACUGAAAUUGGCCAACUUUGCAGAUUACCAAAGAGAUUUGACAAUGAUGCUAGAACCACCCGAGGAUAAAAUGGAACGAAUCAUCGAGAAUGCGUCCAAGCAAGUCUGGGACGCAUCCUUCCACUUGAUACACUCAGGGAAGCACGACCAUUAUAUAUAUUGCAAAGGUUGUAUGGUUGUCAGGCCAAUUUACACUUGUGUCGAAUGUGGGGAUUCAUUCCAACUGUGUUUCAAAUGUUUUCCAUAUAGGAAACGAAUGCAUGACCCGACUCAUGAGCUGAAGGAACUGGCAAACAUAUGGGGUGUGAUCGAGGAGGGCAAUGAACAAUCAGAUUCCAGUGAUGAGGUUGAUGAUGCUGAAGAUGACGAAGAUGAGGAGGAUGAGGUCGGAACAGAAGAAGACGAUGAAGAAUCUAGCACUGGUUAA